GAGAGACGCUGGAGAAAGAUUUCUUUAGCAGAGAUGGACAUCAAAUGGCUUACAGAACUCUGCUCUUCCAUUCGGAGCAACUCUGCAUCAAAGCCUGAGAACCAGAUUCCGACAGACAGCGAAGAAGUGCGGAUUGUCCUCGUGGGGAAACCAGGAGCAGGAAAAAGUGCAACGGGAAACACGAUUCUUGGAGAGGAGACAUUUGAGGUUGGCACCGUGACGAGAUCCUGCCAGUUAGGAAUCGGGGACUGGGAGGGAAGGCGGCUAGUCCUCAUUGACACACCUGCUAAUUUUGACCUUGGGAGCGGCAAAGCCAAAGAUUCCCCUGACUCCCAGCACUGCCUCCGUCUAUCCAGACCAGGACCGCACGCUUUGUUGCUGGUCACGCACCACUGUGACAAUGCGGACGAUAAGGCAAUAGAGUGGGUUCAGGAGAUAUUUGGCUGCGAAGCCAUGAAGUACACAAUUGUCGUGCUCACUGGGGGGAAACUGGACAGCGCAGCUUGGGAGGAACAUCUUUCCCGCCCAGAAUACCAACGCAAUUUCCAGUGGUGCUCGGUCGACAACGACAACCAAAACGAGAGGGAGAUGCAGGCUGAGAAACUGCUCUCCUUGGUGAAGGACAUGGUGGAGCAGAACAAGGAGAAGCCCUUCUGCAGGCCUGAAAUGGUUGGAAGUCCUACCUUGAUCCUAAACGAAAAGGACCUUUCUGUGCGCCCGCCAGAGGAAGAGAGGCCGCAGGAGGCCGUGGAGAUUCCAGGAACUGAGGGGUCCGGAGUGGGGGGAGGAGAGAGCCCCCCUGUUCAAAGUAAGCACUCAUGGCAAAGUUUCUUUCCGGGUUCAGCUGCGUUCAGCCCUGCUGUAUGGGUGUAAAGUUUUGGGGUUUUUUUGUUUUUUUAAAUAGCAAAUUUACUUCCCAUACAAUAGAUGCUCUCCAAAUCUACCUCUUAUGCCAGCCCACUUCCUCGUUUCUCUCCUUUUUGGCAAUAUAUAAGCGCACACUCGAUGUGCAAAACACUUUUGAACCCUUGAAAACAGGACUGCAAGGGGGUGGAAGGGAAAAGUCUGUGAUAAUCAUGUUCUGUCUCAGAGUGACAUCUAGCAGCCCUGGAGGGAACUGCAAGGAAUGACAUUGAGCAGUGUUUUGAAAUUAGUAGUACCGUAGUAGUAAAGUUAAAGGGACCCCUGACCAUUAGGUCCAGUCGCAGACGA